CCUAGGUACAUAAAUGAGAAACCGAGGCUCGGUAUGGAGAGGAAAGUGUUGGUUGACUCCAAUACAGCUCUGCAGAACGUUCCUCUUGCGGUGAAAGAAUAACAUCAAUUUGAAACUGCUGGUCCAACAUCCAGACGAUGUCUACAAAGCACAAUCGCGUCGCCCUUGUCGUAGGUGCAUCAAGAGGCAUCGGCAGGCAGAUCGCCAUCGAUUUAGCACGUGAUGGGUAUCGAGUUGUCGUGGCCGCAAAGAGCGUCUCUGACGCGUCUAAAGUGGUGCCAUUCCCACCAGAUCCGAACUCACCUCAAUCCACGAUCAGUACGGUGGAGCGAGAGAUACGUGAAGCUGGUGGCGAAGCGACUGCCAUAUCAGUCGACACCCGCGAUCCUGAGAGUGUCAAGCAAAUGGUAGAUGCAACCAGUAUCAAGUAUGGUCGCAUUGACGUAAUCGUCUACAAUUCUGGCGCGAUAUUCUGGGCGAGUGUCCAAAAGACCCCAUUCAAGAGGUUUCAACUGAUGCAGCGCGUCAAUAUUGAGGGACUCUACGCCACCGUCCAGGCUGUGCUUCCUGAGUUUGAGAAGAAUGGAUGGGAGGGUCGUAUCAUUGUUGUCAGCCCUCCCAUAUAUUCACGCUUCUUUCGCGGGAAAACAGCGUACGCUAUCGGCAAAACCGGUAUGAGUGUAUUAACAAAGGGACUGGCGAUGGAUUGGGAACGCGAGGGCAAAACCGGAAUGUCAAUAACCAGCAUCUGGCCUGCGGCCGCCAUCAUAUCUGCCGCCACCGAGACCCUCGGUCGAGAUGACCAUGAAGACUUGCGAAAGCCCAUCAUUUUCUCGGAUGCCAUUCUCGCUAUUCUUCGCUCUCCAACCACGGAAGUGAAUGGAAAUUUAGAGCUCGAUGAGGAUUUUCUUCGCAGAACAGGGGUGACCGAUUUCGAUCAGUACAGCGUCGUGCCUGGAGCGAAGCCCCGCAGAAUAAUGCCCAUGGAAUUUCCCGAUCUGACCGUGAGGGAGCAGGCAGACGAGGGGCGCCGCAUUGAUAGUACAAAGACGCGAGCAAAAAUGUAAUUUAUCGUACAUUUAUCGAUCAAUUGGUGCCCUUGCCCGAGCGUUUACCAG